AUGAUAUCAGACCUUUUAAAUCAUAAUUAGAAAAACAAAAUAUUAAUUGAUUAGAUUAUAAAGCACAAAAUCAACUCAAAAGUAGCAAGCGAAUACUUUACUUUGAAUAAUAGUGGCUAAUUUUUGAUGGAGGGGCUAUAAAAAAGUACUUAAAAUUAAUAAUCAAACAAUGAAAAAGAAAACACUUUGCCACUUCAAUAAUAAAAAAUAGAUAAUUAAUAGAAAAGUUAUUAGCAGCUAUUUUAAGCAUCCUCUCAAUAAGAAUAGAGACAAAGCUUUAAACAAAGCCAAAAUAAAAUUCCAUUAAAAGCGAGUGAAUAACUGCCUAAAAAAGAGCAAAAAAUAACUAAUUUUAAAGGUAAUAGAGAGAAUUUUUCAAAAGUAAACGAAAUGGAUCCAAGCAUGGAAGAAAAUCAAUUAGUGAACACUUUUAACACAGAAUGUCCACUUUCCUCUGAGAGAUUCAUUUAGAAUAGCUGCUCUUCUCAUAAUUAUUAAAAGAUCUUUAUACCUGUAAUUCUCGAAAAUAAAUUUAACAGUUCAUAAGUAAAAGCUGGUUCAUAUAUAGUAGAUUUAUACAAAAUUGAAUCUCUGGAAAUAUAAAAUGAUAUUUUUUCAGUUUAUACAGGUAUUUCUCUCAAUUAGGAAUCAAAGAAUGAAUAGGUUACAAUUAAGAUAUAUGAACCAUCUUUCAAUCUGGGAUUGAAAGAGAUUACAAAUUAUCUUCAUCUCUAUGAAUUCAAUUUAUCUUUUCAUUAAAGUGGAAUUUGCAAAAUGAGAGAUUUUUUUUAUUAUAGAAAUAAAUUAUUCGUGGUAACUGACUAUAUAGGGAAGAAUAUAUUAAAUAUUAAUAAGAGAUUCCUCUCCUUAAAUUCAAUUAAGACUAUUAUGCAGAAAGCAUUUAAGAUAGUAGAGAACCUUUACAAUUUAUCUAUAAUACACCUUAAUUUGACUCCUUAGACAAUCAAUUACUACUUUACUAAAUAAACUAUUAAUAUAUGUAUAAGCGAUUUUGAGCAUAGUUAGUAGAUUGAAACUUCUUACACAUGCAAUUUUGAUAAUUUUGAGUAUGGAGAUUUAAGAUACUAAGCACCAGAAAUAAUCCUAGGGAUAGAAUAUACUACUAAGUCUGAUGUAUGGUCAUUAGGAUGUAUAAUGUAUGAGCUACUUACAGGAGAAACCCUUUUUAAAACCUAGGAUAAGAAGGAAAUUAUUUUCAUUAUUAAGAAAGUAUUUGAAAAUGAAGAUGAUGAAGAUGGCUGUCUAAAUAACGAUGGAUCAAUUUUGAAUAAUAAGUAUAUUGAAAGCUUCUAAACAUCUGUAUUCAUGGAUUAAAAUAAUUUAUCUAGAGAUAUGCAAUUAUCAAGUUCGAACCACUCAGCUACUAAGAAAAUUCAUGAGCUAAAUGAAAAGAUUCUUGAAAUUAAAUAGAAUUUUAAUUUGCUUAGGGAAUCUUCUCUUCUUUAUGAUUUUUUGAGAUAUUUACUUUCACCUAAUCCUGAGCAAAGGCCAUCCUUAGAAGAAGCUCUUUAGCAUGUAUGGAUUCAAGAUAAAUGA